AUGAACUUCAUGGCCACAUUGCAGAACAUGGCUACUGCUAUGCAGGCCACUGCUGAGGCACUUGGGCAGCAGAUGAACAACAAUAAUCACAGUGGGGGAAAUGGCAGAAACAGGACUCAAGGUCCAAUGACAUUGGCGACCUUCUUAAAGGUCAAUCUGCCAAAGUUCAAGGGAACUACCAAUCCAACCGAAGCCAACACUUGGUUUCAAGCUAUGGAGCGAGCACUACAAGCACAGUUGCAGGGUGAUGACCCUAUCACCUGGGAUGCCUUCCAGGAAGAAUUCUACAAGAAAUACUUUUCGAACUCUACUAGGACGGCCAAGGAACUAGAGUUACUGCAGCUGAAGCAGGGAACUAUGUUUGUAUCUGAGUACACAGACAAGUUUGAAGAGCUGUUCAGAUUUUCCCGCAUGUGUCAAGGAGCUUCGGGAGACUUCAAGGAGUGGAAAUGUAUCAAGUAUGAAGGAGGGCUCCGAAGCGACAUCUACUGUUCAGUGGGGCCUAUAGAGAUCAAGACUUUUUCCGAGUUGGUAAACAAGAGCAGAGUUGCCGAAGAGUGUGUGAAGAAGGCAGCUGCUGAGAGAGGGAGUCAGAGGGGACCAUUCCCACAGAACCGAGGGAAGGGUUUUGCUCCUAGAGGUCCGCCUUUCAAGCGGGGAGGCUUUGUACCACAGAGGGCUCAGGGUCAGAACAGUUUCAGAAGUCCUAACAAUAACAACAACAAUGCUUCGGGGAGGAGAUUUGGGAAGCAGCCUCUGAAUGAGCAGGCUUGUACCAAAUGUGGAGUUACCAUCCUAGUGUUCCGUGCAAGGCUAGAUGGGGAUUAUGCUACUCAGGUGGUAAGCCGGGGCAUAAAGCCUCCAACUGUCCAGAAAACCAGAGACAAGGUGCUGGGAGAGCACAACAGCCUAGUCGGGUGUUUACUACUUCAGCUGUGGGUGCCGAGGGGUCCGAGGCCCUUAUCCGAGGUAAAUGUGAAAUGGCUGGUGUAUAAUGCCACCUAUGAAGCCAUGGUAACUAGGCUAGGAUGUCCACAAGUUUCGUUUAGGGUCAAGCAGCGUGAUUUCAUACAUGAUUUAAUUUGUCUGCCGAUGAUCGGUCUUGAUCUUAUAUUGGGGUUGGACUGGUUAUCUAAGAACCAUGUUCUACUCGAAUGUUCCGCAAAAUUAGUGUACUUCAUGCUGGAAGAUACAGAAGGGCCGGUGGUGCUUGAGCAGAUUUUGGUUGUGCGUGAGUUUUCGGGGCUAUUUCCCGACGAUAUAGAUGAAUUCCCACCUAACCGAGAGCUUGAGUUUGCUAUUGAGUUCGUACCUGGAACGGGGCCAAUCUCGAUUGCCCCUUACCGAAUGUCACCUUUAGAAAUGGCUGAGCUUUUGUCUCAGCUAGAGGAUUUGUUGGAAGAAAGAUGGAGUAUGCGGCUUUGUGUGGAUUACAGGCAACUGAACAAGGUCACAAUCAAGAAUAAGUACCCACUGCCAAGGAUUGACGAUCUUAUGGAUCAGUUACAAGGAGCCGGAGUUUUCUCCAAGAUCGACUUGCGAUCCGGUUAUCACCAGAUAAGGGUGAGAGAGGAGGACAUCCCUAAGACCGCUUUCAGGACUCAUUACGGUCAUUACGAGUACACUGUAUUGUCUUUUGGGCUGACAAAUGCUCCUACAGUGUUUAUGGAUUAUAUGAAUAGAAUUUUCCGUCCGUUUUUGGAUAAAUUUGUUGUUGUCUUCAUUGAUGACAUACUGGUUUAUUCCAAGACUGAAGAAGAGCAUGCAGAACACUUGAGGACCGUGUUGCAGAUACUAAAGGAAAAGAAACUCUAUGAGAAACUAUCAAAGUGCGAGUUCUAG